CUUGAUCGUACUCAGAAUCUAAGUCCUCACCUUAUCAUCAAAUUCUCAUGCAAGAAGACCUCCCGUCUAGUUGUUGCCUCGGGCCUGGGAUUGCCACUGAUAAAGCACUACCGCCUAUCAGUGCAACGUUUACCAAGACACUGGAUGCAUGUUUCAAAAUCUUGGCUAAGUUCCAAGCCAUUAAUCGCUCCGGCCCUCUUCACCUGCUGCUUCCGGGAAGGCGCCCAGAAGCUGACUGAUGGCAAAUUGCGUAAGUACCUAGGGCCUAGGGCUUUCUCCGUUGGAUGGAUGCUACAUCAUAAUCUCAUCCAUCUGUCUUGUUCGCUACAUAGCUUCCGAAUAUGCUUCAGCCUCUUCCAGGUUUAUCUCAGCUUCUGCUAUCUCUGCAGUCCAGGAUAAGAAACAUCAAUGUUCAGCAGAAUCAUGAAGAGCAUAACACCAAGGCAUGGUAGCGGUCACCUACCCACCCGUCCUCUUUCCAAG